AUGGGCAGUAUGAGAGAUCACAUUCUUGUUCAACAACUCGACAGUUUCCUCGUCUCGGUCAAAGCAUAUGUCAAGCAGCAGCGUCUAAAUGUGCCCGGAGACUGGGACAUUGACUUCCACGUUUACGGCAAGGGACAGAGCACGCCCACUGGGCCAGGUGAAGUGUUCCUCAUUGCGGAAGCUGUUGCGUCAACCCAGCAACUCGCAACGGGUGUUGUGUCCACAGCUAGGAUCGCCAUGAUCGUUAGUAUUACUCGCUAA